UGCAUACCCUUGAACGAAACAUAUUUGCAUAUUGUGGGGGGAGAGUCAUGGAUGAGGGUGACGGAGGAGAUCGAAACGAAGCAAUCUCCGCAGUGGCUGACGAAGGUUUCUUGGGGGAAGAGGAUGACGACUACGAAGAUCUUUACAACGAUGUUAACGUUGGGGAAGGAUUUCUUCAGUCUCUCCGCAGCAACGAGGAUGUGGGCUUCAGAAACGGGGAAGCGGACAGGAAGAUCGAGUCGGCUGCUGAGUCUAGGGGUGUUUUAAUCCCUGGGGUUCAGGAUACCACUGCUGGUGGUGGUGGUGGUGGUGUUGUCGAGGUUGGAGAAAGUAAGUUUGAACAGGAUGUUGGUGCUUCGGGACUGGUAAGUGUUACUAUGGCUCCUGCUAGAGUAGAGGGCUUUCAGAAUUUAGGGUUUAGAGGCAAUGAGUUAGCACCGAAAGGGUCGGUCCCUGUAUCGGCAGCUGCUGGUGGUGGUGGUGGAAUGAGGGUUUCUUUGGGCCCUUCAUCCGGUAAAAUGGUUGAAAAUGAAGUGCAACAUGUUAAUAAUUCUAUGCCUUCUCAGGGAAUGACUCAGCAAUCUCAGAUUGUAGGCUUUGGGAACGUUGCCAAUGAGGGUUAUGCGAGGCAGCCAGGAGGGGGAGGGGGUGGAGUGGGUGGAAAUGCAAAUGCUAGUGGCGGGUCUGGGGGUGCCAGUGGUGGUGGUGGGACCAUUCUUUUUGUGGGUGAUCUGCAUUGGUGGACAACGGAUGCUGAGCUUGAGGCAGAGCUCGGGAAAUAUGGGGCUGUGAAGGAGGUGAAAUUUUUUGAUGAAAAGGCAAGUGGGAAAUCAAAAGGGUAUUGCCAGGUUGAAUUCUAUGAUUCUGCCACAGCAACAGCUUGCAAGGAAGGGAUGAAUGGGUAUGUCUUUAAUGGGAGGCCAUGCGUCGUGGCCUUUGCUUCACCAUAUAGUGUUAGGAGAAUGGGAGAGGCCCAGGUGAACAAAAACCAACAAAUAACCCAGACCUCUCUUGCUCCAGGGAGAAGGGGAGCAGGGGAUGCUGGAGGUAGAAGUGGUGGAAAUGCCAUUGCAACAGGUGGGAAUUAUCAAGGUGGGAAUUAUCAAGGUGGAGAUGGGAGUAGAAAUUAUGGUAGGGGCAGUUGGGGAAGAGGUGGUGCCCAAGGAAUGGGGAAUAGGGGGCAAGUUGGCCCAAUGCGAAACAGAAUUGGUGGGAUGAGUGGGAGGGGUAUAAUAGGCAAUGGUGGUAAUGGAUUUGGACAGGGGAUCGCAACACACCCACCCUUGUUGCAUCCCCAAACAAUGAUGAAUCAGGGUUUUGAUCCAGGUUAUGGAGCACAUAUGGGGAGGAUGGGUGGUUAUGGAGGUUUCCCAGCUCAACCAACUGCUCCUUUUCCAGGGAUAUUGCAAUCGUUCCCUCCAGUUGGUGGUGUGGGUUUGCCUGGAGUGGCUCCUCAUGUUAAUCCAACAUUUUUUGGGAGGGGCAUGCCAACAAAUGGAAUGGGGAUGAUGCAUACUACUGUUGUUGAGGGACACGGAAUGGGAAUGUGGUCAGAUCCUAAUGCAGCUGGAUGGGCUGGUGAUGAGCAUGGUGGGAGGGCAGGAGAGUCUAGUUACGGAGAUGAUGCUGCAUCAGACCCUCAGUAUGGAGAAGGAAGCCAUGAGAGAGGGGGGUGGCCUAAUGCAGUGAAGGAGAAAGAGAGAGCCUUUGAGCGGGACUAUCCAAUGAAGGAGAAAGAGAGGGCCUUUGAGCGGGACUGGUCUGGAGCUUCUGACAGAAGGUAUCGAGAUGAUAGAGAACCAGGAUCAGAUAGAGAUAUACCAAGGGAGAAAGAUAUGGGUCAUGAUCCUGAUUGGUCAGAAAGAAGGCAUCGUGAGGAUAGAGAAACUGGUCGAGACCGGGACCGAGACAGGGAACGAGAUCGUGAGCGUGAGCGGGAUCGAAAUAGAGAUGACAGAGACAGAUACUUGGAUCAUCACAGAUACAGGGACCGUGAAUCUGAACAUGAUGAUGAGUGGGACAGAGGAAGAUCUUCCAGGACCCACAGCAAGUCACGUCUGUCUCAAGAGGAAGAUCAACGUCCAAGGUCAAGGGAUGCUGAAUAUGGGAAGAGACGGCGGCUACCCUCAGAGUGACUGAAUGCUCUGAAUCUGGUCAGCUGGAUAAUCAAAUUCUGAAUUACAUGGGAUCUUCAUAGUCAUUCAUUUUUAAAUACAUAGUUUUGUGGACGUUUGUGGUCUUUUGAGAAUGCUGUCCCCGUUGUACCAGUAAGGACUUCAUUGCCUACGAUCUCUUGCUGAAGCAUAUUCUAGCAGGAGUGCGGGUUAAUUAUCAUAAUGGUGAAAAGUAAGUUCAAUACUUGAAAAUUUUUAUUCUUCAAAUAUUCUCUUAUGGUUUUUCCGGCUGUGUAGUUUUCCAAUGGUCAUGACACUUUUUCAUAUUAAUCCUCCCACUUUUUCUUAACCAAUGCUGUGCUAUGAUGUGCAUAUUUUAAUUACUUUUUAUUUGCAUCUCUGUUAAUUUUUUGGAGUGGCUAAAAAUGCACACUCCAUAGUCGCAGCUACAGUCUCUGUUUGGAGGUUCUGAUGCUCUGCUUCUGUGCCUACAAACCAGCAAUUACAUAUAGUUACAUUAGUCCUCUGUCAUUAAGCCUUUUUUUGGAGAACUAAGGAUUAGUGUUUGAUAUGGGAAAUAGAAGUUGUUAUCAGUGCAACUAAAAUCUUGAACAUUCAGUUAGUCUAUUGUUUUGUGGUUUAAUUAGAAAAGCAUUAUUAUUAAGCUGAAUUUAGCCCCAUUGAUAGGAAAUUGAAUGACAGAACCUUCUCUUCUUUUUUCACAUGAAAGCAUGUCACUGAUAUUUAAACACAAAGAAAUGCACAUUCUGAUUAUGUCCUAUGAGCAUUGGAUCUGUAUGAUGAACUGGAGUAAUCUAGUUGUUAUCUUUGAUGAAUUAGAAAAUCCUGGUAAGAGCCAAAAUUAAAUUUUCUUACAGUGUGACCUUGCUCCAGCUGUAUAGCAUUGGCUGUUGGGUUUAUUUGGGGAUGAUUGGACAUAUCCGGCCUUUUUAAAGGACCAAAGCUGCCUGACAAGUUGAACCUUUUGAUCAAAAGGGAAGAUUCUGUGCAAGAUUGAUCCAUUUACAGUAUGAUGUUUUGGAGGAAGAGGAACAACUGCAAGCCUGAAGUAAAGGUGCUAUCAGUUGAUGUGGUGGAGAGCAAUGGCAACCUUGUAAUUUGGGUUCCAGUUUCCACUGUUAAAAGAAUUUGUGGGAUCAGCUAUACAUCUUUUUGUUAAAAUCAGAAUGAGUGCAUCGACGGAGAAUGUUAGGAUUGUUGGUCCAUCAUUGUAUUAUUAGGAUUUUUUUUUUCCCCAUCAUUGUAUUGGUAGAAUUUUUUGGGCCAUCAUUGUAAAAUCUGGAUGUAGUUCUUUUGCUGUUCCUUUUGUGUGAGCCUUUGUAUACAGGGCUUGACCCUUCAUAUCUCCCAUACAAUUGUAUUCGUCAGUUGGAACAUUAAGAUGGCUCGGAUGUUCU